GUUUGCAGGCUUCUGACAGUGGAGGAGAGGGAACGCAUGCAGAAAGAAGAGAAGUUAAAUAAGGCGGACAAAAACAUUGCGAUGGCCAUGGAAGAACUCAUCAACUACAGACAACGAGCAGGAGAGAUGGAGGAAGAGCUGGAUAAAACCAAACAAUCUUACCAGACUCAGAUGUCAGCACAUGAGAAGAAAGCACACAAUAACUGGUUGGCCGCCCGAGCAGCAGAGAGAGAGCUGUCAGACAUCCGGAGAGAGAACGCCCUCUUCAGACAGAAGCUGACAGACACGCAGUUUAAACUCGAUGCCCUCGACAAAGAUCCCUACGCCUUGGACAGCCUGGCUAGACCUCUGCCGUUCAGAGCUGAGAGGUCCCCAUACGGGCCCUCCCCUCUGGGACGACCUGCCUCUGAAACCAGAGCCUUCCUGUCUCCUCCCACCUUAAUGGACGGACCACCUGCUCGACUCUCUCCUAGAGUGCCUCGCGGUCCAAUGGAGCCCCCCGGGGGCCAAGGAGAGAUGGAGCGGAUCGGAGGUCCUCAUUCAGACAGCGGCUCCAUCUCUCCAACAUGGGAGAGAGAUCGCAGGGGCCCCCCACCAGGACCCCCUGGGCCACUAGGACCCCCAGGGUACAUGUUCCCUGAGCCAGGCGGUCCCAUGUACAGGAGACCUCCCCCAGGAGCCCUCGGCCCACUGCCCCCUCCUGGAGCUUUCCCCCACGGCCCUCUGCAUCCUAGGGGUCUCCCCCCUGGACCCUCUCACCCAGGGCUAGACAUGAUGGACGGCUCCUACAGAGAGAACCACCUGGGCCCUGGGGAGCAGGAGCACCGAGAGGUAAGAGCUGGCAGGAAUCCUUCAAAGCUGGUGACAUUUAAAGGGAAAAAUCACGGCUUAGAAAGUCAAACAUUUUUAAAUAAAGCCAAAUGAACUUGAAUGUGCAAAAGCAGAAAUUUAAGUGGUUUUGAUAUUAUUAAAGAUCUGCAGCACAUCCAUUUGGACCCAAGCAGAGCCUCCUGGAAAUCAAUAACCAUUCACACUAUGACCGUGACUUGGUUCCUACGGGUCCUUUAAAUACUUGAACAUUUGCAGGGAAAUAACCAGGGCGUUGAAAGUGUUUAAAAAAGACAUAAAUAGGCAGAGGUCAUUGAAAACUUGAGUUCACUGGCUGCGUUCUGGCUACAGCCGACGUCACAUCGACUUCUUCCUCCGUUAAGGCUCGCCCUCUACUCCGUGGUAGUGGCUCGCGGGGAGACCCGCAACA